UGCAGUAAGGUGGGGAGAAUGAUGCAGGUGUGAACUGCGAAUUGACCAAGUGCUGAUGAAGGAGCAGCUGCAGAGACUGCUGAGAAUCGUUCUUUCAUCUUUAUUUCUGAAUGGUAACCAGUUUAAGCCAUUCUGCCCAGUAUUUGUAUUGCAUGUUUCUGGAAGCGGUGGUAUACAAAGAAAUAAUCUGGAACUGCAUCGCUCCUUGGAAAUGCUGAUAUUUUGAAAGAUUUGCUCACUGGAUUUUGGUCUCGAGGAUGUUGAUUUCCAGGAAGGUUUCAUGAGCUGAGUGAAUAAAGGUUCCUGGCAGUGGACAUUGCUCCUGCAAAAUGAUCCUGGCAGCUGAAGUCUAAAUUUCUCGAGAUGGAUGUGCUGCUCCCAAUUUCCCAUCUUACAUCUGAUUUGAAUUGAUGGUGAGAGGAAGCAUAAGGUAUAUCUCAUUCUGUUUGGACUCCUUGUUUACAGAAGAGUGAUGGAGAUGCUAUUAAGCACAAAGAGGAUCACCGUAUGCCUGUUUUUCUUUGUACUGAGUUUGGCAGCAGCUACUGAAAUACCGUUAUCAGUUGCGCAGCUUCCCACAAUCACGGAGCAGUCUGAAACCCAGGUUGCCUACCCUUUCGACGAGAACUUUACAGUUAAAUGUGAAGCUCGUGGAAACCCACAGCCCAUUUUCAACUGGACUAAGGAUGGAAAACCGUUCGAUCUGUUAUCUGAUCCUAGAAUAAUUACCCUUAACAACUCUGGGACAUUUGUGAUUCAGAACCAUGGAAUCAUCUCCAGUUUUCAAGGGAAAUAUCGUUGCUAUGCAUCCAAUGCGCUGGGAACUGCCAUGUCAAAAGAAAUUGAACUCAUUGUUCCAAGUGUCCCAAAAUUCCCUAAAGAAAAAAUUGAGCCCCUUGACGUGGAGCACGGUGACUCUGUGAUUUUGCACUGUAACCCCCCAAAAGGGAUCCCACCUUUGCAUAUCUACUGGAUGAAUAUUGAUUUGCAGCACAUUCCGCAAGAUGAAAGGGUCUCCAUGAGCCUUAAGGGAGAUCUCUACUUUGCAAACGUGGAAGAAAAUGACAGCCGAAGUGAUUAUUGUUGCUUCGCAGCGUUUCCAAAACUGAGGACAAUUGUACAGAAAAUGCCGAUGACACUGAAGGUUUCCCGUUUUAAGCAUGCUAAUGACUCAGGCUCACCUAAUGCUGCGGUUACUAAGGCAAAUUUUAUUAAAGAAAGAAAACCCAAACUGCUGAUCCCUCCUGAAUCUGCUGGCGGCAGCUCAUCAGUCACUGUUAUCAAGGGAGGUGUCCUGCAACUCGAGUGUAUUGCUGAAGGGCUCCCAACUCCUCAUCUAAGCUGGGUCAAAAUUACUGGAAACUUGCCCAAGGACAAACCUGUAACAGAUAAAUUUGGGAAGGUACUGAAGAUAGAAAAUGUGUCUGCAGCUGAUGAAGGAACCUACCAGUGCACGGCAAGCAACUCUGUGGGCCGAGCAAAACACGAAUUCCAUGUUCAUGUGGAAGAACCUCCUCGGUGGAUUAAGGAGCCCAGAGGUGGUGUUUACAGCUUGGGAGAGAAUCUUUUACUGCUUUGCAAGGCCAUCGGCAGCCCAGAGCCAACCAUCCAGUGGAAGAUUAACGGGAUGCCCAUUGAUAGUAGGACCUUCAGAGGGAGAAUCUCUGAUGGGGAGAUCAGCCUUACCAACCUUCAGCUUCAGGACAGUGCUGUGUACCAUUGUGAGGCCAGCAACAAGCAUGGCACCCUCCUUGCUAGUGCCAAUGUGAAUGUCCUCAAUAUUGCUCCCUUAAUCCUGACUUCAGAUGGUGAAAACUAUGCAGCAGUUGUUGGUUACAGUGCCUUCCUGCACUGCGAAAUUUUUGCCUCGCCUGCAGCAGAUAUUAGAUGGACUAAGGAUGAUAGCAUAGAGCCACUCUCAGCAUUACGCUAUGAAUUAAAUAAAAAUGGCACCCUAGAAAUCAAAGAAACAAAGAAAGAAGAUUCGGGAUCGUAUGCUUGCUGGGCUGCAAAUUCUGUUGGAAAAAGAGCAAUCACAGCAAAUCUGGAUAUAAGAGAUGCUACAAAAAUUGUCGUUACUCCGAAGAACCCCCAAGUGUUGAAAUCACAUUCAAUUUUAUUGAAAUGUCAGUCUGAGUAUGAUUCACACUUGAAAAACAGCUUCAAAUUAUCCUGGAGGAAAGAUGGAUAUGAGCUGUCAGUCAGCAGCAUACAAGACAGCAGGAUAAUGAUGGACAUGGAUACCCUGUUCAUAUCAAAUGUGAUGUUGGAGGACCAAGGCGUUUACACAUGUGUGGCUAGCACUUCUCUUGACAGUGUCACCGCCAAAACGCGGUUAAUUGUUCUUGAUGUUCCUGACCCACCAGAAGACCUGCAGCUCUCAGAACAUCAAAACCGAAGCGUUCGACUGUCUUGGAAAGCUGGGGCCAGCCACAACAGCCCUGUUAACGAGUCGAUUAUAGAGUUUGAAGAGAGCCGGUGGGAGCCGGGGAGGUGGCAGGAGCUGGCCCGAGCCACGGGGAACACCACUACCACCCUUCUGAUCCUGGCCCCAUACACCAAUUACCAGUUCCGUGUCGUGUCUGUGAACGCUGUCGGAAGGAGCCAGCCCAGUAAACCAUCGCUGCGCUACGCGACACCUCCGGCUGCUCCAGACAAGAACCCAGAAAACAUCCGAGUUGAAGCUUCUGAACCAAAUGAAAUGGUGAUGAAAUGGGAGCCACUGAAGCCCAUGGAGCGAAAUGGGCCGGGGCUGGAGUACAAAGUCAGCUGGAGGCAGCGGGGUGUUGAGACCGAAUGGAAUGAGGAAACGGUGAAGAAGCACUCCCUGACCCUGAGGAACACCCCCACCUUCGUGCCCUAUGAGAUCAAGGUCCAAGCAAUAAAUAAUUUAGGAGCUGGGCCUGAACCAAAUAUUACCACUGGAUAUUCGGGAGAGGACAUUCCAGAUGCAGCUCCUUCCGGCGUCUCGGUGGAUAUUGUCAACAGCACGCUGGUCAAAGUCUUCUGGUUUGGAAUACCAAGGGACAGAGUUCGUGGACAUUUAAGAGGCUAUAAGGUCAGUUGGUGGAAAACAAAAAGCAUGCUGGAUGGAAAAAGACAUCACCCAGAGAAACACUUCCUGACGUUUGUAGGAGACAGAAACUACGGGAUGAUCCCUGGUCUGGAGCCCUUCAGCGAAUUCCGCUUGACUGUGCUGGCAUACAACUCCAAGGGCGAUGGACCAGAAAGUGCUCCUGUGGUCUUUGAAACUCCGGAAGGAGUCCCCGAACAGCCCCGUUUUCUGAAGAUCCUGAACUUUGACAAGGACUCUGUCACUCUAUCAUGGGGACAUCCCAAGAGAGCCAAUGGCCACAUUACUGGCUACAAUUUGCAAUACCAGAUAAUAAAUGAGACGCAUGAGAUUGGGCCUCUGGUGGAUGUCAGCAUGGCCAACCACACCACGCUGAGCUGGAGGCUCACAGACCUCAGCCCCAGCACCAAGUACAAGUUCUACGUCAAGGCCUGCACAGCCAAGGGCUGUGGGAAGCCGGUGACAGAAGAAGGGCUGACAGUGGCUCAAGGGAGUAAAGGGAUCGGCAAGAUUUCAGAAGCAGUAAACCCCACCCAAAAGUUUCACCCCAUUGAGGCACUUGAGCCUGGAACUGAAUAUACAGUUCGUCUAGUGACUAAGAAUUGGGUUGAUAACAAUAGCAUUUUUGAAGAUGUAAUUGAGACAAGGGGGAGAGCCUAUGCAGGCAUUUACGAUGGGAUUUCCACCCAGGGCUGGUUUAUUGGACUGAUGUGUGCCAUUGCCUUGCUCACUCUGAUGCUGCUAACUAUUUGCUUUGUCAGAAGAAAUAAAGGAGGAAAAUACUCAGUGAAAGAAAAAGAAGAUUUGCAUCCAGACCCUGAAGCUCAAUCAAUAAAAGAUGAAAUCUUUGGGGAAUAUAGUGACAGCGACGAAAAGCCGCUGAAAGGCAGCCUGCGGUCCGUUAACGGGGACAUUAAAGCCACCGAAAGUGCUGAUAGUCUGGUAGAUUAUGGCGAAGGGGAGCACGGGAUGUUCAAUGAAGAUGGUUCAUUUAUUGGAGCUUAUUCUGGAUCUAAGGAAAAAGGAUCAGUCGAAGGCAAUGGGAGCUCUACGGCAACGUUUCCCCUCCACGCCUAAAAUUCUAGUGAGAAGAUUCAUGUUUAAUUGUGAUAUUUAUAUUGAUCAGUACUCCACAGUUGCCACAAGGGAUUGGAAGCAGGUUGCCAACUGAGCAAGUCUGACAUCAGGUAACGGGGAAAAAAGUCACUGCCACUAAGAGAUGAUUUUUUUGAGACUUUUCCAUCCUAAUUUUUAGGUAUUUUCUUCUAAUUGAAACAAAACAAAGCAUUCUUUACUAUACAAAAUGUGUCAGUCUUACCAAAACAGAAUUUCUCAGUGUCACGUACGUGUAGUUGACUGCUACUCCAUGUUUCUUACGUUUGUAAUAUGUUUCUCUGUAUAGUAUUUUUUUUCCUUCUGUGGCUGUUGUCACUUUGUACAUACAUUUAUGCGUGGUAUUCCCUCAUGUAUCGUGAUCUCAGUAUUACGGAGGUCAGAAUACAGCAAGGAAAGUGAGCAAAAGUGCAGGGUAUUCUGCAAAGUGGCACAAUGCAUCCUCCUGAGAAAAAUGAUAUUUUAAAACACUGGAGAAAAACGUUCUCUAUAUUGUAUAAUAUUUUCAUACAGGCUUUCAUACUCCUUUGCUUAUGAUACUUAAAAUUAUUUUAGUGGUUACAGCUGACUGCAAUUACCGAUACUUUGAGGUGCAACUUUCUCCACAGAAAAUUUGCUCUCAGAAGACGAAGCUCUGGCCUUGUGGAUGAUCUUCUGUCCAGUAGCUGGCACUAUUUCCUUAAAUAAGUUAAGCUGCAGUAACUUUCCUGUGGCAAGGCGAAACAGGGUUCCCAUCCACCAUCGUUAGAAAGAAUUUUAAUUUGUUUUCCGGAGUCUCUGCAAGCUGCAUUUCUAAGCAAAGUGCUUUUUGUCCAUCUCAUAUCUGUAUAUUUGUGUGCUAGCAUACAUUUCAUGGAGAUGUUGUACAGAUGAUAUUAAUAGUGAUACAAGUGAAAAUCAGCCUUGUUUUAUUUUGAAAUGAGACAUGUUGCUAGCAUGGGUCUGUAUAGCUGUGUAGGAAUAGAAUUGCUUCUCAGUAUGACUUUCAACCAGCAAAACAGGUUUUCAGCAGAGUUGUGUGUAUACCGGUCAUAUAAGUCUCACUUCUCUCUAGUAUCCCAUAAAAUAGAUCUACCUGACUUUCAAAAGAUUGUUUAUUUUCAAACUAUUCAUUGUUAAAUAAACAGAAGCAAAAGCAAAGAGAAAAUAUUACGGUACAGUUUCUUUAUGUUGUGUUUGCUGAAUGCUGGUUUAAAUCUGGUUCUGUUCUUUGCCAGUGCUUCCCACGACUAACUCAGCAAAGCUGCCCAGCACAUUUUUUUUGGUCUUUUUGUAUUGGAAUCUCCUGAUAUACUUUUAAAACAUUUGUAUUUUGAAACAUGCUUGUUUGAGUAGAGUGUUAAUAUUGCUUCAUUUCUUUUUGAAUUUACAAGUUAUCAUCACUUCAAUUAAAAUAUUUUUUAAACUGUUACUCAAGGAAGUCCUAAAAGCCAUUUUAUGUCAUGGUAUUAAUUAGGCAAGUAUCCCCAAUGGCUCCUUCAUGGUCUUCAUUACUUCAAUGGAAGAAAGAGAGGAAGCAAGAAUUACUCAAAUGAUUACGGGUUUACAGAUAACCCUUACAACUAAAGCUCUACUGGUUGUGUGUAGAAAUGUACUUUCCUAACAGUGUAAAGGCAAUGGACUACAGGCAGCUUCUUGUGCAUGGUUUCUGAACAUAGGAAAGGGGCUUUGGUGCUUGAUGCUCCUGCUAAUCUGUUCCUCAUUUGUUUUGUUUUGUAUUGGUAUUGUAAGGACCUUUCCUGCAGCCCCUGUUUUGAAAAAGCCAACCCCAAAAACCAAACCUCAAACUGCGUUGCCAUGUGUAUGAGCAGGAAUCUGUCAAAAACAGCCCCCACUCCGUAUCCGUGGCCCCCGUGUUGUGAAGGACUUGACCAUGUCAUUCAUUUUUUAUUAUUUAUAAAGUUUUAUAUUCUUUUACUCAGUCUGAAUACUUCAUUUAAGAAGCAGGGAGCAUCAGUGGAGAAAUGUGAACAUGGGCAUUUCUUCAGCAGAGCCAUUUCCCACCAGGAUCUUUAUGUGCUGUAGCCUGAAACAGAUGAAGCCUGAGAGCUGAUGAGGUUUGUGGCAGCCUCUGCUGCAAGCCUCCUCUGGUUUUAAUGUAUAUCCUCUAGGAAUCACCUGUAUGGGCUCAGGCUACUGCAUUGGUUUGUUUUCCCAGUCAUUUUCAUGGAAUGUGUUGUGUUUUACAUGGAGAUCUUUCAGCCCAUGCUGAAGUUCCAGCUCCAUGGCUCCUCACCUUCCCUUCCCAGCACCUCCCCAGCUGCACAGCUUAUGGAACCCCCGGGUGUUACUCCCGGCAGGGCACUGGCAGUGUCACUGGGCAGGGGUGCUCAAGGGAUGGAUGUCUGAGGAAUGCAGUCAGGAUGGGCUCCCCACGAGACUGCACCCCAGUGUCCCUGUGCUGAGCUUGGGAUGGGCUGAACAGGCGGUGCUCCCAGUGGUGGAGUUCUCACCCAGAGCCCUGCUGGAUGCCACCCAUCAGCAGCCACAGCUCUGUGUAUUCUUGUGCUGUGGGUCGAUGCAAUCCACCAGACUCAAUUGUCCUGGAAAACACCUAUGUUAAACAGACACAAACUUCAAAUCACAUUAGCGGGUGUCAGCUUAUCGAAGGAUGAAUAAAUCCCCUGUGCUAUCACUUGCUCUGCUGCUGCUAAGCUAUGUUUAUGACAUUCCUGUGAUGUGCUCUCAUCUGUGCCGGAAUGAGUGCUUUUUCUAUUAAAAUUUUAAUUCCGAUCCUUAAAUCUUAAUGUUAGUGUUUCAUUGUGCCUCAGGGCCUAAAAAUCAUACAGUGACAAAAAGAUGUGCAAUGGAAUUUGUGCAGUGUGCACUGACUUUUGAGGAAUAUGCCCGAUGAAUAUUAAACAAAUGGCUGAAACUCCCAGGGAGUCUCAUGCACACAAACGUUUUUCUCUUUUUCCAAUCAUUUAUUUCCCCCUCCCUUUUUUUUUUUUUCUAUUUUCCUGCCCGUUGUGGUUUUAUUUUAUAUUGUAAGGGCACCACUCACGCAGCAUUAUCUUGGAAAGUGCAGGGCGCUCGUGGAUUUUUAGAGAUUUGUUUUCAGAAGUGAACUACAAGAGCAAGCUGACCUAGGGUGCUGCUGCAUGGGAGAGGGAGUGCGGCCACGCAGGGUGAGUGGAAGGUGCUGCCAGCUGUCCGGCUGCUCUGCAGCAGCCAUUCAGCAUAUGGCAGUUUUGCUCUGGCCAGGGGUGUUUGUUAAAAGGCGAUGAGGGAGUCAGGGGUGGCCGAUGUGCGAGCCUGCAGGCUGUGUCAGAUUGGCUGUUAGUAACUAUGGGUUCCAGGGGUAUUCGUUUGAUUGCAGCUGGCUAUCCUAUGCUAUUAGGGUUUUUUCUUUUUUUUUUUUGCUGUGAGAGGAGAAAUGACUCUUUCAGAUUUGGGAUCUGUGCCAACGUGGAAUGCAGUUUUAUCCAGCAAGCGGAGGCAUUUCCCUGGCCGCAGGAAUCCUCACUUGCAACUUAAGCAGCCUCCUCUGGAGCAACUUUGGAGCAAGAGAGGUGUGGAUGUUUCUCAAAAAGUUGUCAGGAUUUGACUUGUAAGAUAAGCAAAUAAAAUCAGCUCCUCCUAACUAGCGGGGAGCACACGCCCCUGAAAAACAAACAAAUAAUUGAUGAAAACAACCCUGUGUGCAAGCUCCAGUGCUGGUGAGCUGUUUGGAGUGCAUCGUUGAUUUGGUACAGGUUGUAACUUCAGUCCUACGGUUUUAUUUAAUAUAUGGAUUAUUAAAAAAUUGGCCAAAUCUGGGGGAUGUGGUCUCAAUAAGUUCUCUUUUCUUUGCCACUCAGCAGAGGGCUGCAUGCAGGGCUGGGUCCUCAGCAGGAGCGGGGUUAGAAACCACGCUGGGAAAUGACAUUCCCCUCGGCAUUAAAUGUCUGCAUGUACAGUAAAUAUAAAAUCUUUUCUGUUACACAAGUUUUAAAUGGAUUUAAAUAGCGUAUCAUUUAAUGAUUUAUGAUUUUUAUUCUGUUGUGGCCUUAUUAUCCCAAUUUUAAUGAAUAGCUCUUUAUUCUGAUGACUACUUCCAUUGACUUAAUAGGUCAAAUUCAGUGCAUGAGAGGUUUUCAGGCCAGUAUUCGAGGUGGAAGCAAGUCCAAGCACAAUCUUUCUACUUGGAGGAGUUUUUUAUUUUUUACAGUAAUUCCACAUGUAAUUUUGUAAACUGAAGUUAAAAUAACAUUCACUUCUGAAAGGAAAUCUCAUCAUAAUUUUUAUAGUCAUUAUUUUUCAGGUGAGUGGUAAGUCGAAAUUAGUUUAAAUACCUGGAAGAACAGAUAUUUUAUAUAUAUGUAUAGUUCUUCAUGGUAAGGGGAUUUUCUUUCUUUGACAAUGGGUCAAGCCCUCAGCUGCAUCCCUUCAAAUGUUCAGCAUCCCAAAGUAUGGUGAAGAGCAAUGUUGGAGUACCAGUGUGUGUUUACAUUGCAGCUCUGCAUCUUCCAUGUAGAAGUUCCAACCACACGAUGAGAUGAGCGAGUUCUGUGCUCUGUGCUGGUUUUUUGCCAUGCAGAAAACAAUAGGUGGGUUUGAGCCAAAGCAUACUCUCUGUUUCCUUUCCUUAUUAUUAUUACUUUAAACAACACUUUGUAAUUUCAUGAGAAAAGAUCAAAGCAAAUGUGGUGUCACCGUUACAAUGUUCCUUUUUGAGCUAAAUGUUAGUGUGCAUUGAUUAAAGUUUAGAGAACCGUGUUGUACUGUAGUGGCUGUUUGUAUCAUGCAUAUGUGCACGUACGGUUUUAAAAGAUAUUUUCAUUCUACAUGAAAUUCAACUUUCCUAAUAAAAGUUUGACUUGA